AGCGUCAACCAUAAACACACACAUAACAGACACCCCCCACGGAGGCUGCCAGCGUCCUCCCUGCUGGGAUGUGCGUGGGGCCGAGUACUUGGCACACGGUCCCCAGAAGGUUCCCCCAAAGCCAGCCACAGCGGCCCGGCUCGGCGAGCAGAGCCCAAGGAGGACCCGCGUCCGCGGAAACGGGUGUCACCCGGGCUCGCUCCAAGUGAGCCUCGCUGUCGUCAUUCAUUCGCAGUGUCCGGAGCGUCCUUCCAGCGGGGAGCUGGGCUUCGCCGCGGGUGCCAGUGCCCCAGCGUGGAGUGUUAACCGCGGUGGCCUCCAGGGCUCUGAGCGGCUAGAGAUCAAAGGGGCCCGGAGCUCUGGUCGGCGCUUCGGGAGCAGCCGCGCCCCAGCCCAGCUCGGCCCUAGCCGCGGGGCCGAAUCGGCUUGCGCCGCCCGCAGCCCUGCCCGCCGCCGAGCCGGAUCCCGGGACUGAGCCACACCACUUCCUCCUCCCCCCGCUCCCCUUCCUCCACCUCCUCCCGCUCCUCCCGCCGCCCUGGGCCCCAGCCGGGCUGCGGAGCGGCGGGCCUGGGCGUCUGCGGCCGCGGGCGCGCGGGGGGCGGCGGCGCGGCGGAGAGGAUGCUGCUCGCCGUGCCCGCGUCCUCGCCGUCCUCCUCGGCCGCCCGCGGCGGCUUUGUUGUGGCUCGGGCGCCGCGGGCCGCCGCCUGGUGAAGUCGCUUUCCGCCGCCGCACCUAGCGGGCGGGCGUGUGCCCGGGAGUGCGCGCCCCUGCGCGCCGGUGUGUGCAGGACCCGACCCGCGGCCCCAUUGUGCGUCCGCCCGCGGCGCCCGGGAACAUGUGGGUGAACCCCGAAGAGGUGCUGCUGGCCAACGCGCUGUGGAUCACCGAGAGAGCCAACCCCUACUUCAUCCUGCAGCGGAGGAAGGGGCACGCGGGCGAUGGAGGCGGCGGCGGCGGACUGGCGGGCCUCCUGGUGGGUACCCUUGAUGUCGUGCUGGACUCCAGUGCCCGGGUGGCUCCUUACCGAAUCCUGUACCAGACUCCAGACUCUUUGGUCUAUUGGACCAUUGCCUGUGGUGGUUCCAGAAAAGAAAUCACUGAACACUGGGAAUGGCUUGAGCAGAAUCUACUGCAGACACUCUCCAUCUUUGAAAAUGAGAACGACAUCACCACAUUUGUGAGAGGAAAAAUACAGGGCAUCAUUGCAGAGUAUAACAAAAUCAAUGAUGUGAAGGAAGAUGAUGACACAGAGAAGUUUAAAGAAGCCAUUGUGAAAUUCCAUAGGCUGUUCGGGAUGCCUGAGGAAGAGAAACUCGUCAACUAUUACUCUUGCAGCUACUGGAAGGGGAAGGUCCCCCGUCAGGGUUGGAUGUACCUCAGUAUUAAUCACCUUUGCUUUUAUUCUUUUCUUAUGGGAAGGGAAGCCAAGCUGGUUAUCCGGUGGGUGGACAUCACUCAGCUUGAGAAGAAUGCCACGCUGCUUCUGCCUGAUGUGAUCAAAGUGAGCACAAGGUCCAGUGAACAUUUCUUCUCUGUAUUUCUCAACAUCAACGAGACCUUCAAGUUAAUGGAGCAGCUCGCCAACAUAGCCAUGAGGCAACUCUUGGACAAUGAGGGGUUUGAACAAGAUAGAUCCCUGCCCAAACUGAAAAAGAAAUCUCCUAAAAAGGUGUCUGCUCUCAAACGCGAUCUUGAUGCCAGGGCAAAGAGCGAGAGAUACCGUGCACUUUUCCGGCUGCCCAAAGAUGAAAAAUUAGACGGCCACACAGACUGCACCCUCUGGACUCCAUUUAACAAAAUGCACAUUUUGGGGCAGAUGUUUGUUUCCACAAAUUACAUCUGCUUUAUGAGCAAGGAGGAGAACUUAUGUAGCCUCAUUAUCCCACUCCGUGAGGUGACAAUUGUAGAAAAGGCAGACAGCUCCAGUGUGCUCCCCAGUCCUUUAUCCAUCAGCACCAGGAACAGGAUGACCUUCCUAUUUGCCAACUUGAAAGACAGAGACUUUCUAGUACAGAGGAUCUCUGAUUUCCUGCAACAGACGACCUCCAAAAUAUACUCGGACAAAGAGUUUGCAGGAAGCUACAACAGUUCAGAUGAUGAGCAGGUGUAUUCUCGGCCCAGCAGCCUCGUUUCCUCCAGCCCCCAGAGAAGCACGAGCUCAGACCCAGAUGGAGAGCGCCAGUUUAACCUAAACGGCAACAGCGUCCCCACAGCCACACAGACCCUGAUGACCAUGUAUCGGCGGCGGUCUCCUGAGGAAUUCAACCCCAAGUUGGCCAAAGAGUUUCUCAAAGAGCAAGCCUGGAAGAUUCACUUUGCUGAGUACGGGCAAGGGAUCUGCAUGUACCGCACGGAAAAGACGCGGGAGCUGGUGUUGAAGGGCAUCCCGGAGAGCAUGCGAGGGGAGCUCUGGCUGCUGCUCUCAGGUGCCAUCAACGAGAAGGCCACGCAUCCUGGGUACUAUGAAGACCUCGUGGAGAAGUCCAUGGGGAAGUAUAAUCUCGCCACGGAGGAGAUCGAGAGGGAUUUGCAUCGCUCCCUUCCAGAACACCCAGCCUUCCAGAACGAAAUGGGCAUUGCUGCUCUGAGGAGAGUCUUAACAGCUUAUGCUUUUCGAAAUCCUAACAUAGGGUAUUGCCAGGCCAUGAAUAUUGUCACAUCAGUGCUGCUGCUGUAUGCGAAAGAGGAGGAAGCUUUCUGGCUGCUGGUGGCUCUGUGUGAGCGCAUGCUUCCCGAUUACUACAACACCAGAGUUGUUGGUGCCCUGGUGGACCAGGGUGUCUUCGAGGAACUGGCACGAGACUAUGUCCCACAGCUGUACGACUGCAUGCAGGACCUGGGCGUGAUUUCCACCAUCUCCCUGUCUUGGUUCCUCACGCUGUUUCUCAGUGUGAUGCCCUUCGAGAGUGCAGUUGUGGUUGUCGACUGUUUCUUCUAUGAAGGAAUCAAAGUGAUCUUCCAGUUGGCCCUGGCUGUGCUGGAUGCAAAUGUGGACAAACUGUUGAACUGCAAGGAUGACGGAGAGGCCAUGACCGUUUUAGGAAGAUAUCUAGACAGUGUGACCAAUAAAGACAGCACGCUGCCUCCCAUCCCUCACCUCCACUCCCUGCUCAGUGAUGACGUGGAGCCUUACCCUGAGGUAGACAUCUUCAGACUCAUCAGAACUUCCUAUGAGAAAUUUGGAACUAUCCGGGCAGAUUUGAUUGAGCAGAUGAGAUUCAAACAGAGGCUGAAGGUGAUCCAGACACUGGAGGAUACUACGAAGCGGAAUGUGGUGCGAACCAUUGUAACAGAAACUUCCUUUACCAUUGAUGAGCUAGAAGAACUUUAUGCUCUUUUCAAGGCAGAACAUCUAACCAGCUGUUACUGGGGCGGGAGCAGCAAUGCGCUGGACCGGCACGACCCCAGCCUGCCUUACCUGGAACAGUAUCGCAUUGACUUCGAGCAGUUCAAGGGGAUGUUUGUGCUUCUCUUUCCCUGGGCCUGUGGAACUCACUCUGACGUGCUGGCCUCCCGCUUAUUCCAGUUAUUAGAUGAAAAUGGAGAUUCUCUGAUUAACUUCCGAGAGUUCGUCUCUGGCCUAAGUGCCGCAUGCCACGGGGACCUCACAGAGAAGCUCAAACUCCUGUACAAAAUGCAUGUCUUGCCUGAGCCAUCCUCUGAUCAAGACGAGCCAGAUUCUGCUUUUGAAGCCACUCAAUACUUCUUUGAAGAUAUCACCCCAGAAUGCACACAUGUGGUCGGAUUGGAUAGCAGAAGCAAACACAGUGCCGAUGAUGGCUUCGUGACAGUGAGCCUGAAGCCAGACAGAGGGAAGAGGACAAAUUCUCAAGAAAAUCGUAAUUAUCUGAGACUCUGGACUCCGGAAAAUAAAUCCAAAUCAAAGAAUGCAAAGGAUUUACCCAAGUUGAAUCAGGGGCAGUUUAUCGAGCUGUGUAAGACAAUGUAUAACAUGUUCAGCGAGGACCCCAAUGAGCAGGAGCUGUACCAUGCCACGGCGGCAGUGACCAGCCUCCUGCUAGAGAUUGGGGAAGUCGGCAAGCUCUUCGUCGCUCAGCCUGCAAAGGAGGGCGGGAGCGGGGGCAGCGGGCCAACCUGCGACCAGGGCAUCCCAGGCGUGCUCUUCCCCAAGAAGGGGCCCAGCCAGCCUUACGUGGUGGAGUCCAUUGAGCCCCUCCCGGCCAGCUUGGUGGGCGAGGGUGAGGAGCACUCCCUGGGAGGGCAGAUGGAGGACAUAAAGCUGGAGGACUCCUCGCCCCGCGACAACGGGGCCUGCACCUCCAUGCUGAUCUCUGACGAUGACACCAAGGAUGACAGCUCCAUGUCCUCGUACUCGGUGCUGAGUGCCGGCUCCCAUGAGGAGGACAAGCUGCACUGCGAGGACAUUGGGGAGGACACAGUCCUGGUGCGCAGUGGCCAGGGCACAGCGGCGCUGCCCCGGAGCACCAGCCUGGACCGAGACUGGGCCAUCACCUUCGAGCAGUUCCUGGCCUCCCUCCUGACUGAGCCUGCCCUGGUGAAGUACUUUGACAAGCCCGUGUGCAUGAUGGCCAGGAUCACCAGUGCAAAAAACAUCCGGAUGAUGGGCAAGCCCCUCACCUCGGCCAGUGACUACGAGAUCUCAGCUCUGUCAGGCUGAUACACACGCGCCUUCCCUGGGGAGGGGGAGGAGAGGGAGGGAAUGGGUCUUUUUUAUGUUCUUCUGUGUUGGGGUUUCUUUCUUUCUUUUAAAUUAAGUAUUUAUUAGUACCUGGCUUAAAGCCUAGUGUUUUCAUAAUAUAAUACAAUGAAAACUGUUGGAGAAAUAUUUAAACACCUCGAUGUAGGUACAGUACACUCUCAUGUUGGGGGGAGGGGGAUUUACCAGAAUACAGUUUAUUCAGUGAAUUCCAAAAAAACAUGAACCUGUCCGUGAUAUGUGUGUAUUAUAACUUCUUAAUCUUGCUGUUGAGCUGUAUACAUGGUUUAAAAAAUAUUGCUGAUUAAUGCUAAAUAAGGCAGCAGCGACUUGGCUAUUUGGUCUUCUUAAAUACAGUUAGAGCUGUGAGGAAAAUGAAAUGCCACAAACACAAGAAUGUUCUUAAAUGGAAAAGGCAUUGUCAGCUGGUGUAAAUCCCAUACCAUUUUAGGGAACAUUAAAAACAUUUUUUAAGAUUUGAAGUAUAUUUCAUAAAAGUCAUCUAUUCGAAAAUCACAUUCAACAGAUGUUCCCUUCAAGGGGAAAACAUUUGAGGUUCUAAACAAUCAUGAAAGUGUAAAUGAUUUUUAUGUGACGCCAGAAUAACACUUCUAUUUGAUCAGUUCGAACAAAUACCAGACCAAUUUUGCAUUAAAAAACUGUUCUGAUUAUUUAAGUCAGCUGACUAGAAUUCAGGGAAAAUGAACAGUCUUUUGUGACAAAGAAUCUGAAAGUGGCAACGAAGAUGACAGAGGGCUGAGGAUUUUUUUUUUUUUUUCUUUUUGGAAAGAGUGAAAGUACUGAUGCUUCUGAUACUGGAUUUUCAGCUUCUUGUUACUCAUUGCAAAUAAAACAAAAAAUAAAACAAUAAACUUUACCAUUUCCAUACUUUCCAUAGAGUCAAGAAAUUAUACCAUGUACCACAUAGGACCGUCUUUCCAGUUAAAUCCUGUAAAGUAGAGAUCAUGUAAACUGAAAAAUCUGCAAGAUAGCGUAACUGACUGUUUUAAAGCAGAACUUGUCACUUUAUCUAAAGGAGUAGUAUGCUCUAUCUAGUUCCUGAAAGGAUGUGGAAAUGAAAACUAGCACACCUGCACUUUGAUUCUUGCUUCUUUUUUAUGACUAUUAUAGUUUGUCUUUUACAGAUGUUGGAGGUUUUUUCUCCUUACUGUUGAAUUUGUAAUCAUGGUCACAUUUUCUUUGCAUAUUCAGAAUAUUCCUUUCAACACAUUCCUUUAUUUUAUUAUACAUUGUGUCCUUAUUUUAGCUGUUGCUGCUGUUUUUUUAUUUUGUUUACAGAAUGAUUUUUAAACUGUCAAAUGAAGUAGUGUUAACCUCAAAUAGGAUAAAUGUGAACAAAUAAAAUAUAUCAGAUACUCA